CUUCAUUCAGGUAGAGAGUAUAAGUACUACCUUGUAUUCUGUCUUCUUAUACUCCUCUAUCAUCUUGUACUCAGUCUUCAUUUAAGCACAUAAUCUGCAUCCUUCCACAGUUCAUUUUCUUGAUACCCAGUACGAACACAUUCCACAAAAUGCCUCUGCUUCGAGAUAUCCACAACCGACGUGCAACACGCCAAAGACACAUCAACCCUCACCGAAUCCUCGCCACCAGUCUCCUUCUUCCGGCACUCGCCUUGGCCGAUGACGAGCCUACAUCCUCAACGAACCAAGUCUCGGAGCCCUUCGUCGAUCAAGUGACAGGCCUCACAAUGGAGCGUUUCUUCGGAGCCCGAACAUCAUUCACAUUUGCCUUGGUCUUACCCAAUGCCGCGCCAACGAACGGAACUGCUGGUUCUUUCAUCGGACAACUACAAUUUCCGCUGGCAAACGGUGAAGGAUGGGGUGCAGCUGGUUUGACGGGAGAUAUGGAGGGCAACUUCAUCCUCGCCGCAUGGCCGGAUGGAAAAGGAGGAGUUAUGGCUUCGUUUCGACAAGCGAUCGACGAAGAUAACCCUGCGGAAGUCAAGGGAAACUUCAAAGUGAGACCUUUGCCAGAUGGAGUUUCUGUCAACGAGACUUCACUCCUGUACACAUUCCUCUGCGAGAACUGCCUCGACAGCACAUUGGGCCUUGGCCCCGAAGCCGCUGUUGGUAACGCAGUCAUGGGCUGGGCAUUGUCCGAGAGGCCUCCCAGGGGAGACCCCUCCAACCCUGGCGCAUUCCUUGGUUUCCACGAGAGGGGCUUUGGACCUUUCACCGCUCGAUUGGCAGAAGCCAAGACAGCGGGCUUUGAUGCCGUUGCGGCCAAGGCGCAUGAUCCGGUUGGUGACUCUGGAAGAGCUGUAGCAACGGUACCCAACGCGUUUCUGGACGGCGGGAGCGAUGAUGAGGAUAGUGGCGAUGAGGGGGCGGGAACGGGAGGUGGAGUUGGAGGUGGCAAUGAUGUUGAUAGCGACUCUGGAAAUGAUUCAGGGGAUGAGGACGAUGACUAGACGGAAUAUUUGAAAAUUAAACAAUUACACUGAGCGUACCUGAAAACGAUACUUAUUGAACCUUGAACCGUCAUGUUGUGAACAACGCCCGUACAUGAGCUCAGCCAGCCACGCCUGAUGCAAUACGAGUCCAGCUUGUGAGAGAUCCUGAAAAUGUCUGCCAAGCGGGAAAAGCGAAUGAGACAAUCAUCUUCACGGCAGCCCCCCGAAUGUAAGGGGACCUUUGUGAAUUGUCGCGCAGGAAUGAAUUUAUUCAGGCGCGCUAUCCACAUCCUCACUGGAUGUCUU